UUUUGCAACCUAGGUCAACGGUAACAGCCGAAGUUAGUGACAUUAUGAUGACCAAAGCCAGUCGGACAUUCGAACUUAUUUUAAGAAAAUGCGGAUUUAAGCUGAAGCGUUUCUAUAAAGUCGUACUUGGAGCAGCGGUGAUACUUUUGCUUCUUGGGAGUAUUCAAAUUAAUGAAACAGUUCAGCGUAACGAUGUACAGGGUUUGAUCCUCAACAGACGCACAAUCAGGACACACAAUGGUGAAUCAAGAUAUUGGCCGACAUAUCUGAAUACCACAGAGAAGUCACAUAAAUCAGCAAACAGUAAUAAAAAGGUGUUUGGUAAAAUAACUACAUACCCUACAGAGGGAUAUAAAAGAGCAGAAUUACUCCGGGAAAAAUGCUCUUCCAUUGUUAGAAAUCUGCAUGCGAGAGUUCGAGUAUCUUAUAAUAAAGCACAUAACAUUCUUUAUUGUCCCCUUUGUAAAAUAGCAUCAACAUUCUGGACUCGUGCUUUUAAAACGUUUGAAUAUGAAAAAAGAGCAUUAUCUAAGAAGCAUCCUUACGAAAUAAAGAUUUCAGACGCUCCAAGAAGUGAUUUGUACUUUGACACAUCUAGCGAAUACAUCAAAAGAUCACACGGCAGUAGAAGUAAAAUAAACGCUAAAGGUUCGUUUAAAUUCUUAUUUGUUAGAAAUCCAUUCAGUAUAUUGUUUUCAGCAUUUGUUGACAAAAUUGUUGGACCCAAUCCAAUAUUUUGGAAUGCAUUUAAAACGAAACCUGAAUAUAACGAUGAAAUUAACACAUUGUGUGGUGCUGACCUCAAGUUUGGACAAUUUCUAAAAAAUAUUGUUCAGACAGUUCAGUUAAACAAUACACUAGACUGCCAUGUGAAGACAUUUGAUGCAUGUGAACCUUGUGUAAUGAACUAUACAUUUGUUGGGAAAAUGGAGACUUUUAAAGAGGAUACAUUUCAUAUUUUGUCGAAAUGCAACCAAAAUGAAACAUUGGCCAUUUUUGAAAAGCAGUUUAGUUCAUUACAUGCAGAUGAUGCAAUCGACGAUUCAAUAACAAGUCCAUUUAGUUGGAAGGAUAAAAUACGAAAAUGUAUUCCAUGGGCCGAGGCUUUACAAAGAAUAUGGAGAAAACUACAGAUAAGAGGGGCGAUUGGUAUGCAAGCAUUUCCUCUAAGUGACAGAGAAGCUAAGAGAAUUAAUGAAACACAGUUUAUCGAACUUGUUAAGAAGACAAGGCUUAGAACGACGUCUAAAGAAAGGCAAUGGCAAAAAGAAUACGCUUUCAUGGAAGCAUAUCAAAGUGUUCCCUCUAAUGUUAUCAAUGACAUCAGAAAAAUAUAUUCUCGAGAUUUUAAGUUAUUUGAUUACGAUGAUAUACCAAAUAACUUGUUUAAGACUGAUGCGUCGAUUUUAGAUUUCAAGUUUUUAGAUUAUUCUAAUGUAAAGGAAAACCAUUAUCCUAAUAUAAAGAAAUCCCUUCUUUAGUUUUCAUUGAUAUGAAUAGCUGUUAUAAUAUGACCAUUUUAUGUAACAGAUUUUUUUUCAAAUAUUUUUUUCUUUGAUAUGGGAACAAAUAAAAUACUGAUAUGUAGUCUUGGGGAAUGAAUAAAGCAUUUUCUUUUCAAAACAAAUAUUCAAACUUUGUAAAGAGAGAGUUUUUAUUAUGUUUAGUUUUUAUGUUAUCUUCUUUGUAAUCGGGUUUUAUCAGGUCUCCCGCCUCUACACUCUUUGGGCGAUGGUCAAACAUCUGACGACACCAAUUACAACGUCAUAAGUCAACCCUAUCAACACCACGUCACGUGGUAGUGCAUAAUUAUAAUGGCAUACAUAGAAUACAUAGAUUACCUGUACCAUGUAACAUGGCCUUUCUAUUUAUAGGGACAAGGUUUAUUGUAAUAUGAUGUUCAUAUUUUAACGGACAAUUGGCGUGACUAACACAGUACUUAAGGACUAUUUUUGCAUAUUUUGACCUCUUUAUUGGUAUUUGUAUGGGUUGUAAGUGCCUAUGAUUUUCCUUAGCUGCACAGCUAAAUCAAUCUAAUAUAAUCAAAAUAAUGGCGGAUACAUCUACAUGUGAUAUUUU